AGCAGUCAUGGACACUAGCAUACCCAAUAUUAGUGGGGAAAUAAAUUCUGUUGAUAGUAGUAUUAACUCAUUGAUUGAUUUUAUUGAUAAUAAAGUGAUAAAAUAUUUCGAUAAUUUUCUCGAAAAAUUAGAAAGUGCUUACGUGUCUUAUAUGUCUCAGGUAGCAGAUAAAAAAAUUCAACCAUCACCUAAUGAGUUUAAGAAAGCUAAGGUGAAAUAUGAUAAAUUGAAUAAUUCGAUACAUCGUUUUUUAAGCAGUAUUACUCAAGAUUACAUGAAUUUAUUACAGAUAGGAUAUAAAAUAAAAUCAUUUUAUGAAAUGUUGAAUCAUUAUUCAGAUCAAAUAGCUGAACUAGAGAAAAAAAAUAAUGUAGAUGAAUUAAGAGACGUUACCCAUCAAGUUUCUCAAAUUAAUUCUGAGUUAGAGAAACUAGUUGUCGAUUAUAACCAAGAAAUAUCAAAAUUAAAUUUUCUUCAGUUGAAUUUUAAGAAUAAAAUGAUCAUCUAUCAGUCACCUUCUGCUGGAGAAACAUUUUCAAUCUCACUUAAAGUAUUCAACCAGCAGCUUGAUAAUUUAAUUGAAUCCAACAAGUCGACAAAUAAAGAACAAAUAUUUGGUAAACUUCUCCAACAAUUUCCUGAACAAUUACAAUCAAUAUCUAAAGAACCUCCUCUAGAAUUGUUAGCUGUUCGACCAGUGAAACCACAAAUAUUAAAACAACCUCAGGUUUCGGGUUCUAAUGAAAUCAUUGAUAUAACAUAUUCUCUGCUUGAACCGUACACUAGAAAAGUGAUUGAUCCAGCUUACAGAGAACAUCGAUUUGUUGGAUCUGAUGACAGUGAUUCAACGGAAACUGAAGAAAGUGAAGAUGAUAAGGAAGAGUAUAUAUCAGACGAAGAGGAAGAAGAAAUGAGAAUGAAGGCAGAAGAAACAACACCAGAAGAAGAAAAAGAGGAGGCAAGAGUAGAGAAAAUAAGUGAAGAAAGCCUAACAACCCCUAGCAGCGUAACGACACAACGUUUAGAAGAACCAAUGGCUACUGAAAGACCAAGUACCUCUAGAGAUUAUGAAGAGCAAGCUGAACCUCUUAUCAAAAUUGACAUACCAGAAAUUUCAGUUCGAGAAGAAUAUCAAAAGCAGCUUGGUGAUUUGCUAGAGAGUGUUAAUAUUGAUGAACGAACAGCUGAAGAGAUUGCAAUCGAUAAUUAUGAGCAAAUCACUUAUCAAUUUUUCCUUGAUACAUUGGAAAGGUUAGACCGACAAAUUGAUCAACUGAAUGAUCGUGAGUAUGAAUUAAUUCCAAGAAGUAGAGAUUUACGUAAAAGGAUCAAAGGUUUGAAAGAAUUUCUUGAAACUGCUCAAAGUCAGAUAGAAAUUGAUCGUUAUCAAAAUGAACUUCAGAUGGUUCUGAAAAGCUUUAUCCAGUUAAAAGAAGAUGAUGAAGCAAUUCAACAAACCAAAUAUAAGUUAUUUGAAGUAAAAGAAAAAUUAUUUAAGAAAUGGCAGAAUGAACUGGAGAGGAAUGCUCAGAUGCUAGCAACUGAAUCUGAUCGUGUAAUGGAGUAUGAAGGACAAAGUGGUUCACCGCUUGAAAAAUUAGAACAAGAUAGAGACCAAUUGAUUAGAAUGGUAGAUUCUCUAAAAGAUGAAGUGGAUUAUUCUAUUGAUUCUUAUACAGAAAGGAAAAAAGAAAGAGAUAUGUAUUUAAAGAAAGAAGCUUCAUUAUUUGGAGAAGUUUAGUGUUCACAAGAGAGAAAAGUAUUCAAAUUGAUACUAU